AUGGCGACGGAGUUCGAACGCUACCUGCCGGCCGGGGAGGCGACGGACGCGCAGCGGCGCCUCGGCCAGGCCGGGGAGGCGCUGGCGGCUGCGUGGCUCCGUCGCGCCGCCGCCGACAGCGAGCUGUCCAAGAUGUUUGGAAAUGCGGACGACUACGUCGUCAUCUGGAACAACAUGGGCGUCGAGCGCGGCCUCCCCUACGACAUCGUCCUCAAAGGCGCACGCGGCGAGCUCUUCUUCGAGGUCAAGACGACAGCAGUCGACGACGAGCACAAGCCCAUGGAGAUCUCGGUCAACCACCUCGACUUCGCCCGCGCGCACCCGGCCGGAUACUUCAUCCUCCGGGUGUUCGCGGCGCGGGAAGCGGACACGUUCCGCGCGUGCAGCGUCUCCGUCUUCUCUGGCGUGGCCGAGGCGAUUGAGAACAAGGCCAUCAGGCUGAUGCUGCGCAUGUGA